AUGGAGGAUGUGAAAGAAUUUUUUAAUCACGAGGUGGAUCUACCAAUAUAUUGUGAUAAAGAUAAUGUAGGAAAUAAUCUUAAUCUUAUAAAAGAAAAAUAUAAAGAGAAACUUUUCAACCUUCUUGAAGAAAUAAAAGAAAGUCAAGAACUGUUUUAUAGAAAUGAUGAAUAUAAAAAUAAUUUAAAAGAAAGAUGUGAAUAUGAAUAUAGAAUUAAGAAUGAAGAAGAAGAAGAAAAAAAAAUAGAUGAGCAUGAUGAUAAUAUAAUAAAUAAUUAUAAUAAUCAUAUAAAUGUAAAUAUAAAUGAUGUGAAUAAUCAAAAUUGUUUAGAUAAUUUACAAUGUUUUAAAAGAAAACGACAUGAUGAUUAUAAUAAUGAGAAUAUGGAAGAAAUAAAUAAAAGACGGAAGAAUGAAAAAGAUACAAACCUUUUUUUAGAUAUAUCAAAUGAUAUGAAUAGAAAUAAUUCACAUCACUAUAUUGAUAAUAUAUAUAAUUAUAAUUAUAAUUAUAAUAUGAAUGAUUUUAUUAAGAUAGAUGAAAAUUAUAAUUUUAUUAAUUCAAAUGAAUUUAUUUGUAAUAUACCUUUAAAAGAACAAUGCGAUUUAAAAAAAAUAUUUUCUUAUUUUAUAGAGUCUUUAAAGAAAAAAAGUAAUCAUGAUAAUAUUUUUAAAAAGACUUAUAUUGAAUGUCUACAAAGAAAUAAUAAUAAAUUAUUACAAGGUCCUUUUGAUGAAAAUAAUUUAUUCUUAUAUAAAAGUUAUUUUUAUAAAAUAAAAAAGAUCUUUUCUUUAUUUUAUUUCGAUUUCUUUUUAUAUAUAAUUAAUGAUAUGAUAUCUGUGGAGCAAGGUAUGGAUUUUAUUCUUAACGAAUUGUUUUCUAUAAAUGAGCAAUUUUUUAAGGAUCUAAAAGAUAUUUUAAAAAAAAAACAUCCACACGACAACAUCAACAACAAUAAUAAUAAUAGUAAUAGUAAUAAUAAUUACAAAUGUGGUGGGUUUAUAUCAAGUCAAGAGAACACUCCAAAUAAUUAUAAUAACCAUAUCGAUAAUCCUACAAUAAAUAAAAAUGAUAUAUCUAAUUAUAAUACAUAUAAUUUAAAUGAUUUAAAAUCUUCACAUAAUGAAGAACAAGAAAAUAAUAUGAAUAGAAAACAUUUAUAUUAUCAUAAAAUCAAUUCUUUUUAUAAUAAUGAUGAUGUUUUAAAAGAAAAAUAUUUAAUCAUACCCUUUAAAGAAAUUAUUUUAAACAGUUUACAUUAUUUAAUAGAAAUUAUUGAUCAUAUUAAAGAAGAUAAAAAAGAAAACUAUAACAAAUAUAAAGAUAUUAUAGUUCGUUGUAUUAAAUUUUUAAAAGAUAAAAAUAUUAUUUCUUAUAAAGAAGCAGCUACAUUUAUAGAAUGUAAAAAUAUAGAUAAAUUAAAUUUAUUUAAUAAAGAAUUAUAUAAACUUAUAACCAAAUUAAAAACUAAAAAUAUGUAUAGUAUUUCUAUAUAUAAUCUUAUAAAUGAAAAUAUUAAUGCAUAUGGAAAAAUUAUUUUUCUUCUACAAAAAUUUUUUACAAAGCAUACUAAAGAAAUAAAACAAUAUAAUAACAAACAAAAAAAAAAAAAAAAAAAAAAUUUUAAAAAAAUUCUAAACCAAUUGGUAAUUAAAUGGGAUCAAAAUGUAAAAGUAGAACAAAAGAAUAAUAAAACUUCCAAAAUAAAAGCAACUCAAAGGAGACAUAAACAUCAAAAUAAAUUCCAAAAUAUAUAUAAUUCUUAUUGUCAAAUAAAAAAAUUAUGGAAAAGACAUCUAAGUUGUUAUUAUUGUAAUGAUUUAAUAAAUUUAAAAAAUGAUAUCUUUUUAAUAUCAGGUUUACAUAAUUUAUGUCCUAGAAGAAUAUUAUCUAUACUUUUAUUUUUUUAUGAACAAAAUAUUGAAAGUGAAAAGCAACUGCUCCCAUUAUUUUUUAUGUAUUCAAAGGAAAUAAUAACUGAUGUAAUUAUCUUAGAAUUAAAAAUUAGAAAUAAUUAUGUAAAUGAAUUAUAUAAGGAGGACUUGAUCAAAUUAAAAAAUAUGAAUGUUAAGAAUGAAGAAAAUGAAAAUGAAAAUAAAAAUGAAAAUAAAAAUGAAAAUAAAAAUGAAAAUAAAAAUGAAAAUAAAAAUAAAAAUGCGGCUAAUCAAAUGAAUGAAAAUAAUAAUACGACUAAUGAGACUAAUAUGAGCACUGUUAAUAAUAUUAACCACACAAGUAAUAAUAACAACAGCAACAACAAUAAUAAUAAUAGUAACAAUAGUAACAAUAAUAGUAACAAUAAUAGUAACAGUAGUUAUCAUAAUGAUAAUAUUCUUGACUCAUCAAAUAAUCAGAAUGGUAACUCUAAUAAUAAUUUUAUUUUUAUGUUUACACAAAAUAAUUUUUUUACACAUAACUACUUUAAGAUGUGCUCUAUUUUAAUUCUUAAUGAUUUAUUGAAUUUCGAAAUUUUCUAUUCACAUUUACUUCCAAAUGAUAUAUUAUUAAAAAAUAUGUUUGAAGAAUUAUAUGAAAAAUAUUACAACGAAUAUGAUAAUUCAAAUCCUGAUAAGGCCUCUUCUUUUUUUUAUAAUUACAUGCCGAUGGAUAUAAAUGACGUGCAUAAUAUAUAUGAAAAGGUAAUAACAUAUACAACUCAAUCGAAGGAAGUAAUAAAGAGGAAGGGUUCAUCGACCCUAACCAGCACAACAACAAAUAUGAACAAUAAAAAUAAUAAAAUUAAUACAAACAAUAAUAAAAAUAUUAACAGUAUUAACAGUAUUAACAAUAUUAACAGUAUUAACAAUAUUAACAGUGUGAAACAUAUCCAAAAUAUUUGUAAUGAUGUUCCUUUUAAUCAUUCGUCAGAAAAAGAAUAUAAUCAAAUUAGAUCUUCUUCAUCUUUUAAAGAUUCAUUUGUAAGAAAUAAUAAUUCUAAAUAUAAAUUUUUAAAUAGUUGUAAAGAUUCAAGAAAAAUUUUGGAAGAAUCUAAUCCUUUAUAUUUAUAUGAUCAUAUUAUAAGUUUCUUAUUAAAUACACAAGAUCAGGAAUUAAAAAAAAAAUAUGAUGAUAUCCAAUGUUUAAAUAAUAAAGAUCCAAUUGAAUAUUAUUUAUAUGACAUAAUUCACAAUAAAUCAAAUACAUUUGAUAACUUUAUUAAAAGUUUUAUAGAAAGAGAAUUAAAAGUCAGAAUAGAAAAUAUAAAUUCAAAUUAUAAAACGUAUCCUAAUUUUUUUAAUUAUUUAUUUCUAGAAAGUGAUCCUUAUCUAUUAAUAUUGGCUAGAAUAUUUUUUAUGAAAGAUUCUAAGUUUUUAUUUUUAUCAUCAUUAAUAGAAUUAAAUGCAUGGGGUUUAAUACAUACUGUAAUUAAACACAUGGAAACAUAUAAAUGUAAUCCAUAUUUAAAUUAUUAUAUACAUUCAGCAUUCUCAAAAUUAAUCUAUUAUAUUAUUAUGAACUUUGAGAAGAAAUAUGUUAAAGAUAUUAUAAAUAAGGACUCAUCAUUGAAACGAAAAAAAUUGAAUUCUAAAAGGAGAAUAAAAAAUAUUCAUACAAACAAAAAAGAAGAUAUAAAUGACAAUAAUGGUGAUAAUAAUAAUAAUAGUGAUUAUCAUAGUGAUUAUCAUAGUGAUUAUCAUAGUGAUUAUCAUAGUGAUGACAAUACUUAUAAAACAGCAUGCUUCUUUUGUAAUAUAAAUUUGCGCGGGUCACAACUGUGUAGCUAUAAGUCCAUUCAAAUUAUCAAUAAAAAUAAGAAAUAUAUUGAAUCAUUAUUUAAAAAUGAAAAGAAAAUAAAAAACAAAAAAAAAAAAAUAAAAACUUUAUUAAAAAGGAAGGAAAAAUAUUUAUAUAAAAAUAUAAAGGAAGAAAAAUUGAUAAAUAUAAAAACAAAUAAUAUGAAUAAUCAUAUAUAUAAUAUAAAAAAUGAAACUAUAAAUAUGAAAUAUUUUAUAAAAUCAUUAAAAAAUAGUAAUUCUGAAUUUUCUUCACAUAUAUCUAAUAAUUUAUUAUAUUCUGAUGAUGAUAUUAUAAAAAAUAAAAAAAUUAAAAAAAAUGUAAAUCAUAAUAUAAAAAAAGAGCACCAAAUAAAUGAGAAAAAAAAAAAAAAAAAAUCAAAAUGUGAUGAUGAUCAUAAUAAUGACAAUAAUAUUAACAUGACUAAUUUUAAUUACAAUAGUGUUGUUAUAAAUAAGAUCUUGUUAGAUAAUCAAAAAAAUAAUUGUUAUUUAAGAAAGAUUAAAAAUAUAGAAGAAUUUAUGCAAUUUAUAUUAAUAUUAUUACAAUAUUUAGGUUAUUUUGGAUUUAUAUAUAAAUCAUUAUUAAGAAGAAUUCUUCGUAUUCUUUUUUUUUAUACAAACAGUAUAAUCAAUUCAAAUGAUUCAAAUAGAAAACUACAUCCAAACUUUGAAAAACUAUUUAUAAAAUAUUUCUUUUUUGUUAUUAUUAAUGAUGAUAAUGAACAAGAUGAAGAAAACAAAAGUAUUAAUGAUGAUAUAUGGAAUAUUCUCAAAUUAUUACCUGCUUCAGAUAGAUAUAAAUUAUAUUUUAAAUUUUUUAAAAAAUUACAAAAGGGCAGAAAAAACUUGAAUAAAUUAAAAAACGUGAAAGGAUAUGAAAUAAAAUGUAAGAUAAAUUCGACAAAUAAAAUAAAUCACAACCACCACAAUAAUAAUAAUAAUAGUAAUAAUAAUAGAAAUAUACAAAAUAAUAAUUUAAUUACAAGUAUAAAUGGUAAAGAUCUGGUUGAUGACCAAAACAAAUGUGACAACAAAAAUGUAAAUAAUAUUAAGAUAAAUACUAAAGAUGAUAUAUCUUUUAAUAAUAAUAAAGAAUUAUUUAAACUUGUAUAUCAACAUAAAAACUCUAUUAUUACCUUAUCUUAUCUAAAUUUCGAUAUAAUUAAAUGCAAAUUAAGAAAAAUUAUUAAAAGAAUCACAUCUGAUAUAUUAAAAGAUAGAUAUAAUCCAAAGGUGGAAAGUAUGCUAUCUGAAUUUACUAAAUUAAUUAAUAGAAAUCCAUUUGAUUGUUCAGAUAUUAUAUUACAACAAUGUGAAUUAUUUGAUAAUAAUAUGAUUAUCACAUUAUCAGAAUCUAUUAAAAAUAUACAUAAUUUAUCUAGUGAUAUUUUUUUAUAUAAAAUAUUAGAAAGACAACAAUUAUUAAAUGUUCAUAAUUAUCAAUUAAAUAAACAAUCUAAUAAUAUAAAUAAUUUUGAACUUAUUGAUGAUUCUAUUUUUAAACCAAAAAAAUUAAUAAAUAUAUCAUUAGUAGGAGCCAAAUUUUUAUGUAAACAUCCUUCUGUUAAUUUUUAUCCUUUAGUUAUAUCUAUAUUUAAAAGAAUAUUUUCAGAAUUACAUACUUCUGAUCAUGUAUAUCUAAAAAAUAAAUCUUAUAUAUCUAAUCAAGUAUUAUUAUUAUUCUUAUUAAAUCAUUGUAAAAAUCAAGUACAAAAAUAUAUCAAAUCAUCACAAUGUGAUAAUAAUGUGAUAGAUGCAAAUGUUCAUAUAUCAAACCAUAUGAAUCAAACCAAUCAUAUAUCUAAUAUAACUCAAGAACAUAAUAAUUAUCAUUUUCAUAAUAAUUAUCAUUUUCAUAAUAAUUAUCAUUUUCAUAAUAAUUAUCAUUUUCAUAAUAAUAAUCUUACCCUUACUGAUACACAAAAUGUAUUAAUAUAUGAUAAUGAAAAUGCACUUAUAAAUUAUAUUAAUAUAUAUCCAAAUGAAUAUAUUAAUCCAUAUGAUUUAAUAAAUAACCAACAAGCAUAUGAUGAAUCUGAACAUAACAAAGAAAAUAUAAUACAACAUUCUGUGUUAAGUGGACUUAAUAAAAAAUAUCCAGAUAUUAUGACAGGAUAUUUUUUUGAUUUAGAUUAUAUUCAAAAAUUAAUUGAAAUAUAUGCUGAUACUAAUGCUUCUUUAGAUGUCCAAGAAUUAAAUGAAGAUCAAUUAAAUGCUCAAUGUGGACUCAAACUAAUUAAAGAAGAAAUUAUGAUCUUACAAGAAAAUUUUAAUUUAAAAAUUAAUAAUAAUGAAUAUGAAUAUAUACAACAAAUUGAACAAGAAGAUGAAAAAUUAAAAAAUGCAUGUAUUCAAAAUGCUAUACAAAUAUUCUUAAAUCCAAAUUAUAUUUAUUUAAUAUUUUUUAUUCUUUCCAAAAUUAAAUAUGAAUAUUUAUUUGAUAGUAAUACAAAUAAUCUAAGAAACUUAUCAGCCAUGGUUGAUAAAAUACAUAUAGUCUUGUUACAGUUUGUUGAAUUCUUACAAACUAAUAUUAAACCAUCUUUAUAUUUCUCAUAUAUACCUAAUAUUUUGCACAUCUUUCAGUUUUUUGAUAUAUCACAAUCAUUUCAUAUAACCAGGUUUGCCUUUCCCUUUUUUAAGCAAACAAAUUAUAAACAUAAUAAUAAUAUUAAGCAAGUGAAUACUAAAAAGGAAAAAGAAAAUGAAAAUAAUAAUAAGUCUGUGAUGAAGAAAGAUAUGACCUCGACAACUAAGGCGCUUCAAUCAGACACUUCGCCCAAGGAAGAAGGAAAUGUAAACAUUUUGAAAGAAACAAAACAAACAAAUCAUGAUCAUAUUAAAACUGAUAAUAAUUUAUGUGAUAAUCAUUUAAGUGGUAAUCAUUUAAGUGGUAAUCAUUUAUGUGAUAAUCAUUUAAGUGAUAAUCAUUUAAGUGAUAAUCAUUUAUGUGAUAAUCAUAUAAGUGAUAAUCAUAUAAGUAAUAAUCAUUUAAGUGAUAAUCAUUUAAGUGAGACUCUUAACUGCGAAUCUUCUCUCAAGAAACCUAAUGACGAAACGGCUAAUCAAAUUAAAAAAUACGACGAUCCCAAUUUUAAUCACGUAAACGAACUGUUGUGGAAAUUACUGUUAAUGCCAAUAGUGGACAAAUAUUUAAAAGAAGAAGAAUUGAACGGCAUAAACAUUAAUUUUUAUCUUACAUACUGGAGAUUAAGCAUAUCAGAUAUAUAUGUUCCACAUAAACAGUAUCAAAAGGUAUUAGAUAAGUAUGAAAAUUAUAUAAAAAAGUUAGAAAAAUAUUAUGAAGAAAAUAAAAAAAAUGAAGAAUAUAAAUGGAUUCCUAAACAAAUAAAAAAAUUAAAUAUAAAAAAAAAUAAUUUAAAAAAUGAAUAUGAAUAUCAUAUAAAUCAUACAAAACAAAUUAAAAAAUAUCUAGAACAUAUUGUUGAACAUUGGGUAGAUCCACAAAAAGUUAGUUUAAAUACAUUUGUAGCUUUUAUAAAAUGUCUAAUAGCACCUAGAAUUCUAAACAGUGAAAAAGAUUCAUUAUUCUGUUCAAAAUUUAUGCAAAUAUUAUUAGAAUUACAUACACCAUUAUUUAAUCUAUGCACCUUAGUAUAUAUAUUUAUAAAAAUGCUAAUCCCAUUAAUUAAUGCAUGUACAGAAAAAGAAGCAUUAAACAUAGGAAUAUUUUUUAAUGAUUUCUUUUCAUAUAUAUAUUUAUUAUGUGAAGAUAUUAAAUAUUUUCAAAAUGUAUCAAAUAAAAAUCCAUGUUUUAGUUAUACUCUCAAUUUUCAAUCAAAAGAUACAAUUACUCAUAAUAAUAUUAUGCAAAAAGUUAUUAAGUGGGAAAAAACUAUACUCUCAUUAUUAUUUGAAAAUAAUAAUUUUGAAAAAUCUUGGAUUAAUUCAAAAUCGCUUGUUAUCUUCUUAUUCAGAUUUUUAAAUACAUUUCCAUAUUCAUAUAAAAUUAAAAAUUCAAUAAAAACCUAUCUUGAAAACUUACAAAAUUUUGCAAAUAAUCAAGGAUGGAAAGAUAUUCUUAUAUCAAUUAAUAGUUUGAAGACAAUGAUGGAGAAAAACAGAAAAAGUUCUGUAGGUGAAAAAAAGGAUUUACCAGUAAAAAGUCAAGAAGUUAAACAAAGCACUUCAAGAACAAGCGUAAAUAAUGUUAAUGCAGAUGUAAAUGUUACAAUGAAUCCUUUCAAUAAUUCUACCCCUGUACAUAUUCCAUCCAAUCCACCUUUUGCUCCUAUGCCCAAAAAUAUAUAUAAUCCAAAUGUUUAUCCAAUAGUACAAAAUCCUAUUAAUCCUCCACCGAAACCAUAUAUGAAGGAUAACAAUUAUAACAACAAAGUACCCCCUCCACAGGAACCUAAUAAUUUUAUACAUACAUCAACUAGAAAUGAGAUUUUUAUAAACGGAAAUAAAGAUAACAAAUACAAAAGAAGAUUACAAAUAUUUAAUAAUUUAAGGAAAAAUAUGAAUUACUAUCCAAAUGUCCAAAGAAAAUUCAUAUAUAUGAAUAAUAAAUAUAUUCGUAAUAAUAAAUCAAGAUUUAAUAAUGGAAAUAUAAUUUAUGGAAAAAAUAUGAAUUAUGCAUUUCAACAAAAUUAUCGAAAUGCUAAUUCAUAUAAUACGUCAUCUAAUAACGACAUAUCUACAAAGAACAAUUUUUCGAACAUUCAAAAUUAUAUGACAAAUAAAAAUAAUACUAACUUUUUUAAAAGAUAA